AUGGUUCUUUUGCUUGGGGAUUUGAGUAAAGUGGCAAACAAGAAGACCAUCGCGGCUUCUGUUUCUUCCAAUGUCGUCUUCAUGGCCAAGAGAGAGCACAUUUUUGGGAAGAAGGUCUAUGGUACCAAGGCUCAGAUCUGUGACAAUGGGCAAAUCCAUAAUGUCAGAAUCGAGUGCGACAUGGUAGGCCUGAGCGACCCAUGCCUUUCGAUUCACAUGGACAGUAAGAUGGUGAUGCAGGUGAAGCGCCUUAGGUGGAAAUUUAGGGGCAACCAGACCAUCUUGGUGGAUGGGCUCCCUGUGGAAGUUUUUUGGGAUGUUCACAAUGGCUCUUUGGGACAGCUUUGUGGAAUAUUCCCUAACCUUCGCUGGAGAUGGCUUGCUUCGUUUCGGCCGGCCUGA